GCCCAACAAGGCAAAUUCCUCAGCGAUGCGGAGAAUGAGCUGGAGGAGCUGGCAGUCACCAUCGCACAGGCCAAGAAGAUGGUGGAGCUCAUUAAGGGCGCUGCCACAAAGGAGAGUGAGGAUGAGGAGCGCUCCAGGCUGGGCGAGGCCGAGGCCGAUCUCCUCUGGAAGGAGGAGAGGCAAGCCAAACUGGCCCAGUGCAAGCAAAACCUGGAGAACGUCCCCAGCACCGACACCAUCUACUUCCUCCAGGAAUUUCAGGCCUUAAAAGUAGCCAUGGAACAAAACAUCUCCCCGGCUCUGAGCUUCCAGAAUGAACUGAACUUCACCAAAUGCACCCAAACCGUGGGUGCCGUGAAGGAUGUGCUGUCUGCUGCCUGCAAAAAACAGUGGGACCUCUUGCAGGGGAAAGGAACCGAUGGGCUGAGUUACCAGGAGAUGGAGGAAGUGUUGGCCGAGUACCGAUUUCCAGACAAGUCAAACAAUCCCGCCUGCCUGGAGAGCCGUGAUUACUUCCUGAAAUUUGCCUUCAUCAUUGACCUGGACAGUGACACGGCUGACAAGUUCAUCCAGUUGUUUGGCACCAAAGGGGCCAAGCGGGUGCUGUGCCCCAUCCCCUACCCGGAGAGCCCAACCCGGUUCAUCAACUGCGAGCAGGUGCUGGGUUUGAACCUCAUGAACCGGGGCAACUACUACUGGGAGGUGGAGCUGAUCGACGGCUGGGUCAGCAUCGGCGUCAUCGCUGAGGACUUCGACCCCGAGGACUCCUACAACCACGGCCGCCUGGGGCGGAACGAGAAGUCCUGCUGCCUGCAGUGGAACGGACAGAACUAUGUGGCCUGGUUUGGUGGCUUCGAGUCUGUCAUCCAGCAGCCGUUUUUCCACACAAUUGGGGUCUUCCUGCAGUAUUCGGAGAAGACCUUGACCUUCUAUGGAGUCAAGGACUCCAAGAUGACCUGCCUGCAGCAGCUCAAGGUCUCCCAUUUUACCAAGGGUCAGUUUGACCCCUUCCAGAACAAGAUCAACCACCGAUUUGCCUCUCUUUUCUCGUGCAAGCUGAAACCAGCCUUCUUCCUGGAGAGCGUUGAUGCCCACUUGCAGAUCGGGCCACUGAAGAAAGAUUGCGUUUCGGUGCUAAAGCGUAGGUAA